AUGGGUGUCGUUCUCUCGACUCUCCAGGAUUUAGUUAAAGUCUGUAUUGCAACAGCCUCUCUUCUGAAAGCUCUGUCGACCGAAUUCAGCCGAGCUUUGAAGCGUGCAUCGCAAUCUCCGGGCCUUCCUAACCCCAACCCAACCCAAACCUACUGGCUCAAUGAUCCACCAUAUCCUGAACUUAUCAAUGCAAGCUCGCCUUCCUUACCACAAACCGCAGAUGUGGCCAUCAUAGGCUCUGGAAUCGCUGGAGCAUCCGUGGCACGAUCGUUACUCCACGAGCGACGCCGUAGUAACACCAGUCCGGACGAAAAGGUCGUUGUUCUCGAGGCUCGACAGUUAUGCAGCGGUGCCACCGCUCGGAAUGGCGGACAUAUCAAACCUUCCCCAUACGAAUCAUUUUCUCUGCUGAGCAAACCAUUCUCCAAAGAUCGUGCUGCCGCCUUGGUGCGCUUUCAAUCUCUGCAUGUUGGUUAUUUGACUGGACUAUGUGAAAGCGAAGGUAUCGAGGCUGCUCAAGCUCGAAAGGUCGAAACGACCGACUUCUUUCUGGACAGCAAAAGCUUCUCCAAGGCCGUCGCUGAUUCUGAUGCAUUGAAGCAAUGGCUCCCCGAGAUUGAGAUUGCCGUAUGGAACGGGGAUGAAGCUCAGAAGUCGAUGUGUGGUGUCAACGAAAGUGUCAUGGGUGCUUUAUCCUAUAAAGCAGGUGCCAUCUGGCCUUACCGGUUCGUUACGUCCAUCUGGAAUAACCUACUGAGCGAGUUUCCUCAUCUAUCUGUGGAGACGAAUACUCCCGUAGAAUCGAUAAGCGUUCCAGAAGAUGCCCCAGCAGGCUUCCCCUAUGCUUUGAAAACUCCCCGAGGAACUAUUUUUGCCCGGAAAGUAGUUCACACCACCAAUGCAUUCGCAAGCCACCUUGUUCCUGGAUUGCGGAGUAGGAUUGUAGGAGCAAGAGCUCACAUGUCCGCCCAGACCCCAGGGCAACGAUUCCCACAUGCUGACGGUACAAAAUCCUGGGGUGUAAUAUACGAUGAUGCGUUUGACUACAUUACGCAAAUACCGCCAGCUUCAGGCGACACCAAAGGGGAUUUGAUGAUUGGGGGCGGCUUCAAGCGAUCUUUGAAGCAAGGUAUCGAUCAAGUCGGCCUCUACGACGACGGUUCCGUGUUGGAUCCUCUGACAAUCACGCACAUUGCAGGCAUAUUCCCAGCAAUAUUCCAUCCAAAGUGGGGUGCGGGAAGCGAGCUGAAGCAGGUGUGGCCUGGGAUCAUCGGUAUAACCGGUGAUUCUCUCCCCUUCGUGGGUCCAUUGAACGCGAAGUUGACGGGACGCGACAUUAAGAAGCGAAAGGGAAUGUCAGAUGGCGAUCACCAAUGUGGAGAGUGGAUCGCAGCAGGGUUUUGUGGAGAAGGAAUGGUGUGGGCCUGGCUUUCUGGAGCUGCUCUCGGUAUAAUGAUUGCUGGAACCGAAGAGGACGACUUGCCUGAAGAUCCGGGUAGACCCGGUGGAAAACUAGCAGAAUGGUUCCCGCACGAGCUUUUGGUUUCGGAUGAGAGAUUACGUAGUGCUAACAUCAGCAACUUAGUUUAA